AUGUCUCCCGGUCAUAACUUUAACGAAAAUCCAUCAAGUUCAACUACACCUAUUAUGAAUUCUUAUAUUGUCCAUGUUGGCGAACAAACGUUUCGUCUUUAUCGUUCAUCAAUAACUUUUGACUCUCCUAACUUCUUUACUCAUACUUUUCUUUGUGACGAAACACCAGGAGAAAACGAUGCAGGUGUCUCUACUAAUAACGUUACUUUAACAGCCGAGUCAAAAACACGGAAAGAUAAGACAAGUAUUACUUCUUUGGACAACAUUGGAAAAACUGGUGAUAGUUGUGUUGGAGAUAUUGAUUAUAACAAAACAAAGUCUAGUGCUAGCACUCAAACAUAUAUUUCACCUAAUGCAUUCGUAAAGGAAAUCACGAUUGACAGGGAUCCUCGAUCAUUUGAAGUCAUUUUAAGAUAUCUUCGAGGUUAUACCAUAUUUCCACUUUCUUCUGUUAACUUACCUCCUGGCAUGUCACUUGACUUGUUUAGGGAAAGUUUACUAGAAGAUGCGCGGUUCUAUGGUUUAUGCAGACUUGAACGACUUCUUCAAGCAGAAACUCCAACACCUUUAAGUUAUAAGGAUCCUUUCACUUCAGCCGAUAAAAUUCUUUUAUCAUUGCGUGAUGUUCCAAUUCACAAGGAAUUCAUUAAAUCUAAUCUUGAGGGAUCUUCCACCAUAGAAUUUUUUACGGGUGCUGUUCUCACACUCGAAUUAGAGUCUUCUGAUGCUUCAAUACGUUUUCAUACAAAAUUUUUGAACGAACAAGAUCAAAAGGCUUUAGAAACUUUGGGCGAAAUUUGUGGGGAAAAUUCAAAAAUUCAAUUUUCAAGACAUUUGAACACAAAUCAAAAUAUGCGAGAUUCAUUAAACGGGAUACGUUUAGAAAUUGAUGGGGUUCAGGUUACGGGGGUUGACAUUGCCUCUUUGGUCGGAUCUUACAGUCCAAGGGCAAAAGCUUUGGAAGAUAUGUUUCGUCAAUCCGGAGGUCAAAAAUUAGGUAUAAAUCCGGUUUAUCUUGGAGUUGUGUGGGCUAAAGGAUGGACUCAAGAAUGGUGGGCUUGGAAUGAAUAUAGAAUGAAAUUGGACACUCUCCAAUAA